GUAUCAGAAGGUGAAUAAACAGGAGUUUGGAGAGCAGAGUGGGGAGGGAAUGCUUGUAGCUUUGGAAAGGCAGGUAGAAUCCUACAAUGCAUCAUGUGAUGACACCUGUGCUAAGCUUAGUAUGUCCUCAGCAGGAACACCACUUGUAGCCAUUUGUUCCCCCUUGAUGAAACGAACACACCGCCUUUCCAAUAGUGGAGAAAUGUGUUUUAUGGAUUCAUCUGGUAACAUGGACCGUGAGAACUGCAGGGUGUUUCUCCUUCUUACACACACCUGUGCAGGUGGUCUUCCUCUUGGUAUAGUUAUAACCCAGUCAGAAGAUGAGAGAACAAUUAGUGAGGGAUUGGAGCUGCUGAAGUCCUUACUGAAGAAUGAUGCCUUUGGAGGGCGAGGUGAGGCAGGCCCUUGUGUGUUUCUUACAGAUGACUCAAAGGCAGAAAAGGGAGCUAUAGCCCAGGUCUUUCCUGAAGCCAAACAGCUGCUCUGCAUAUUUCAUCUUCUUCAAGCUGUGUGGAGGUGGUUGUGGAACAAAGAACACAGGGGUUGAGAUGAAGGACAGACAAACACUGUUCAGCAUAGUCAAAGACAUGCUUUAUGCCAGGGAGAUGAGUACAGUUGAAUUACUCUAUCAGCAAGCUCUUGACAACCCUUUGACCACCAGAAACAAGAAGUUCUUGACUUAUUUACAGAGUCUUUAUAGUCGACGCGAAAGUUGGGCUCUCUGCUACAGGAGGGACUUGCCAACACGUGGCAAUCAAACAAAUAACUAUGUGGAAGCUGCAAUGCGUGUAUUGAAAGACAAAAUACUUCAAAGGACGAAAGCAUUCAACCUUCCUCAAUUAUUCAACCUUUUCACCACCCGACUAGAGAUGUACUAUGAAGCACGUGUGACAGACAUCGCACUUGGCCAUUGGGAGGCAUUUCACCGGUCAAGAUUCCUUGCUACAGAAAGUAAUAUUAAACCAUCUGAUAUUUCUCAGGUUGGAGAGAAGAAGUUUCAGGUGAAAUCCUCCACAUCAGGACACACUUAUACCGUGGACAUGGAGUUGGAGCUCUGCACAUGCCCAGCUGGCCAUAGCGGGGCACCAUGUAAACACCAAGCAGCAAUAGUGCAAAAUUACAACAUCACCUCUAUCAACUUUCUCCCCACAACAGCUGAAAUGAGGGCUGAUCUGCUGAAAAUAACAAAAGCCUCAGUUUCUCUUGACUUCCUGAGUCCUUUACGGCAAAAAAUGCCUAUGUCAAGCACAUUAGCUCCAGAUGUGCCUCCAAGACAAGAAACCUGCAAUACUGAUCAUCAGUACUAUCUUAGUGCUCAAGAUGAUGUAGACCAUCAGCUGGCCGUGUCUACCUUCGGCUCUGCACAAUUACCCCCAGUUUCACCUACUCCAGAAGGCUCAAACUCCAACCUACCCUGUGUGCAGAGUAAUUCAAAAAGUGCAUCUAUACCUCAGUCUCCUGUAAGAAGGAUGCUAAGACUGCUCGGUGAACUGUCUGAAACCUCUGACUACAGUGAUGCCAUGAACACAAUGGCCAAGCAGCUUGAAAAGAUGCAGCACAACCCGAGCCAACUGAUCUCUGCAUUUUGCUGUUUUGGUAAAGGAAUGUCAGUGUCAAAGCGUGCAGCAGCAUUAAGACGAGCUGCUAGACGACCAGGACCUAUUAUUGGCUGUCAGCCAACAGCAGUGGCCCGAAGAACAAAUAAGUUUGGUUCUAAGCGGCGUUUGACAGCUGGACGACCCAGAAAAAUUUUUUCUGGUUCAGAGCAUGACUACAGCAGACAUGCAGGAAAUGGGGGGAAAAGGGCUGUAAGGGUUCGCCACAGAUUGUCAGAAUCUGUGGCAAUGAAUUACUCACAUCAACACUAGAAUAAUAUUUGUAUGUGGAAUUUGUGUUGAUGGGUUAAGUGUUUCUAAUUUGUUCCUCCUGAAUGUUUUAAAAUGUUAAUUAGUAGAUUAGUUAAUGCAAAUACAGUAUUAUUAAUGAAUUCUAUGAAUGAAUGCUUUCAGGUUAUAAAGCCAUAUUAAAACCAUAUUCGGACUCUUGUUUACAGUAAAGGAUGCGUGAAAUUACAUUUUCUCUGUGCAAUACAUUUUUGAUAGCUGUUGUAUGUAAAAGUGUCUUUGUGUACAAUGGCAGUUUUGUGUUUUAUCCAUUUAAUAAAAAUGUUUUUAUAUGA